AUGGAGGGCGACGUGCGUGUUCGUGCGGUGGUGAUGACACGUGAUGACUCCAGUGGCGGUUGGGUGCCCCUCGGAGGUGGCGGCCUCAGUCACGUGGUCAUAUGUAAGGGGCGGACUCACGACGGCAGGGGGCGGAGAGAGUACAUCAUACGCGGAGAACGCCUGCGGGACCGAGCACCGGUGUUGGAGUGUGCAGUGCAGAGGGGGCUGGUGUACAACAAGGUGAACCCCAUCUUCCAUCACUGGCGAGUAGAGGAUCGGAAGUUUGGCCUUACGUUCCAGAGUCCUGCCGACGCCAUCUCCUUUGAGAAAGGACUGCAGACUGUCAUAGACAAGCUGGACAGAGGCUCUGACUCGCCCUCGUCCUCCACACCAGAAGAGGCGGACACCGAGGAUGAUGGACAAGCUUCCCAUACAGGAAGUGAGUCGUCAUCCAACAGCAGAAAGGAGAUGCUUCCAGAACCCAUCACCAUAGUGACGAGUGAGUCGUCGUCCACCUGCUUCGUGUGGUCAGAGGUGUUUAGUUUUGGAUCCGGCCAUGCCGUCACCACUCAAACGCCUGCUCAGAUCCACACCAGGCCGGGACAGCACCAGCUCUCGCAAAUGACGGCUGUGUUGAAUCCCCCAGCGCCCCCGCCCCCACCUCCUGCUCCACCUACCCCUCCCGUGGGUCCCCCAGCCUCAUCUCCUCUGUCCCCCCUCUCACCUACUAUUUCUCUGCUGGAGGAGGGAGACCUCCGCAGCGUGGACCCUUGCAAAGACCUGUGGGGUUCUAGAGGUUAUGAGGACUACCGACGGGCGGGGGCCACCAGGACUAUGGUCGGGGGGCUGACUGGGGGCGUGGUCGUCGGUGGUGGAGGGAGCCUGCAGGACAAGUCAGAGCUGUGCGUGGUUCGCUUUGAGAAGGAGCUGGCAGGAGUGGGGACGGCAGGCUGCGACGUGACAGUGAGCUUGGACAGCAAAGCGUCCCAGCGCCUGUCCUCGUCGUCGCCCACCUGUAUGUCCAUGCCCAACGCUGUGUCAGGCGUGUCCUCAGCUGCCGGCUCACCGCAGGAGACGGGCAAAGGCUCGCCCUCUCCAUGCUGCAUCCACACCUCGCUGGCCACGCCCCGGUCGCGGACUCGUAAGAGAGGAGGAGGGGCCAGCAGCAGCAGCGACCUGGGGGCGAUCUCCCCCGACGACGACAGCCCCUGUCCUCAGGCCUCGUCGUCAUGCUCAUCUCGCUGUGUGUACUGCCGCUCUGUUUUCAGUGCUUCGGAGAAUGGGCGGGGCCGCUGCAGAGAUGCCCCAGACCCGGCUCUGCACUGCCUGCGCCAGUGGACCUGUGUGUGGUGCGCAGAGAGCCUGCUCUACCACUGCAUGUCGGACUCUGAGGGAGAGUUCUGGGAGCCGUGCUCGUGCGAUGACUCGAUGGGGGGCCACCCGCACCCCCUUUGCUGUGCCCGCUGGUUGGCCCUCCUGGCCCUGUCGCUCUUCGUGCCCUGCAUGUGCUGCUACCUGCCUUUGCGCGCCUGCCUGCGGUGUGGGGAGAGGUGUGGCUGCUGUGGGGGAAAGCACAAGGCGGUCCGAUGAGGCCAGGCUGGGGGGGGGAGGGGUUCCCUGGACCAAAGGGGGUUUGGGUUUUGAGAGGAGAGAGCAUCUGUAGGGACGCAGGAGGUGGAGCUUAACAGGUGGAACAGUGCUCUCAGCGGACCCAGACCCUUGACGUGGCCCUCCAAAGCCCCACGGCCUUCCACUGCAUUCCGCUCUUUCUCUUUUCAACCUGGGGCCUUCCUCACUGGUCCAUGCCUGUUGAAGGUGCACACUGCACUCAGACCAGGCUCUGUGGGAGUCAUCUGGAGCCUUCAUAGUGGAUUUACUGAGGGUUGGCUGAUCUAGAAUUAGCAGGUAGAGACUUUAUCACAGGGAGAGUGGCAGAGGCAAUGAUGAUGUGUACACUGUUUCAAAUGUCGUUUUUUUUUUUGUUUUUGUUUUGUUUGUUUUUUUGUUUUUUUUAUUUAGAAAGAAAAACACAAAAAACAAAAGAUGUUUAUAUAUAUAUGAUUGUAAUAAUUUUGAUUGGUAUAUUUUAUUAAAUGUAAAACAUACUGACAGAAUCCCCCAGUGGCACACACUAUCACGUAUUCACAAACAUGAGAUGUUGGGGGAAGUUCUUUGUUUCAUGUUGGCCUGUUUAUCAGUCAGAUGGACAGAUGUCACCCUUUACCUCUAAUUUUACCUCAGAUGUUACUCAAACCCUGGUCAAGACGAGAGAGGGAGGGGGAGUUUGGAGAGCGUGAGCACGAGUGAGUGCAGCCCUCAAAAAAGUAUUAGCAUCUGAGACCACUAGUGUUGUCCUUCGGUUAAAGUAGGAGACCACAGUGGAAAAAAAGUUAUCAAAUGCAAAGGGACAAUUAUUGUUAAGGGAAGUUGCAAUGACAACCACAAAGACUUAAAAGUCAUAAUGUGAUUCAUUAUGGUCCUUUGGAACCAAACACAAGAUUAUUUUUGUUUUCUGGGGAAAAAAACAAAACAAAACAAAAAAAAAACCAAGAAUGUGUGUCGAACAUUAAACACCCUCACUUUACGCAUAUUUUUUCCAUCUUUCCAUGUAUUUUCAAUAUUAAUAAUAGAACACAUCACAUCCAACAACUGUACUUGUUGAAUCAGUCAAGGUGCUUACAACUGAGGCCUCUGAGCGAGUCUAUUCUACCUAAUGUACACAAAGACCGUACAGUCCCAACCCCAAAGAAAAACUAAAUAGGACCCCGUGCUAACCAAUCUGUAGAUGUGUCUAGGCCUUUGAAUGGAGAUGCCACCAAAAAAUGAAGUGCAAUGAACAAUGUAACGAGAGAGUAUUUUUGUACCAGUUGCUCGCGUCCGGGAAAACCAAGCAGAAAUUGAAAAGCGUUGGAAAUUGAAUACUGUAGUGUGUUUCUUUGCUCGGCAUCGGGCAGAAAAGAUGAAUAGGAACAUAAACAUGUCUUUGAGAGGCGGCACAUGCCUCACGUGUGUGCGUGCGUGUGUGCGCUGCAGACUGUUGACCCAAGUGGGUGAUAAGAAAAGAGAACCAUUUACUUGAAAGAGACAAAUGGAGGGGGAGGUCUUUGUUUGGGAACAGGGGCAGAUGUGUUUGCUGAAUGUUGCUUUAAGUAUGAAGUCAAAAGAGCUGCUAUUUUCAGUCCCGCCCUAACCCCUUCUCAAACUUUUCCCGCUGCCUUUUGCAAUCUGUGAGGUGGCGGGGCAGAGUCUGAAACAAUUCCUUCCCGUUCUUAUUCCACCCAAGGUGCUGAGGAUGCUAAAUAGUGUGUGAAGAGGGUUUUCGUAAGUUUACAUUUGGACUUAAAGAUAAAUUCACCCCAAGACAUUUAAAAAAAAAAAAACGCUUCUGGUGAUGUACCUUGCAUUUCCAUGUUUAUUUUGCAGAUUGGUGUUAUAUAUUUCUACUUCCAGUGAUUAACUGUCCAAGGGUAGAUUAGGGUCGAUUAAUCAUAGCUCCAACAGAACUAUGUUUUUUUUUUCUCUCCAAAAAUCUUAAUAUGUCAAUAUAGACAUCAGUUAUUUUUCGUGUAAAGCCCUCAGAAUCAAAGAGCAAGGGCCUUUUGCCUCCACUUUGCACCAGUGUUUAAUAAUCAUGCAGGGUGAAAUAUAUUAAGGAAGAGCUGGAGAGACCAGUUUCUCUACAGACAUUUUCCUCUUGACCAAAAUGCAAUGCAGCCGCAAGAUUCAUAAGAUCCUUUUUUUUUGGUUAUUGACUUGGAAAAACUGAGGCUUUAAAAUCACCAUAACUUUUGUUAUUAGUGUCUUCACCUAUACGAAGAACCAACAACUGAAAGCAACAAGCCUACGCCUGGUUUACUCUGCGUUCUUGAAAGGACUUUCUAAAAGCUGUAGGAAACCAAGUGAGCUAGAUGUUGAUUUUGCAGGUUGAGUAAAAGCAGGGACCCUGGAAAAUAAAUGACAGCAAACUAUCACAAAAUAACUAAGGAAAUGCACCGCGCGUCACAGAAUGACAAUAUCUUCAAAAGAGAGUCUGGGGGAAUUUCUCUUUUAAAUCCAGAGGCAUUCUCCUUUAAAAUUAAAGAUGGAAAUACAUAGAGUAUGCUCUAUAUAGGGAAACCAGCGUUGACUAGUUUAUACUACAGUGUCAUGUCUCAAAAGGAGGAUCACCUGGUAUACCUUAAAAUUCUGGCAGAAUGAACCUUUCAGAAGCUUCACCAGAUUAUUUACAUUUUAGGUUUAGCCAAGAACUUUUAUCCAAAGUGACUUAAA